GCGCCCCCUAAACUCGGGCAUCUACACUCAAGGUUGUCUUUUCCGAUCGGCUUGUGUACCGUUCUUGAAGCUGCUGUUUACUGAAAAGAAUCGUUGAUUACAGGCUCCUAAUGUAAGUGACCAACAACAACAAAAAAAGUUCGAUUAUUCCGAAAUCAGAAGUGUUCUCUGUGAGCAGUGCCGUUCGAGCGGGGCUGAGCGCGCGCGAUUUGUUGAUGUUUGUCUCUGGAAGGCUAAUGACGCAAGUCACGUGACUGUCUCUCGGGCACGAUGGACCUUUUUGACAGAUGAAACCAUCACACAUCAACAUCUGGAGAUUGACUCAACUCUUAUGGAUCAAGCAUGUUUAGUUUUCUUUUCCUCUGCCUCCUGAUAAUUUCCCCGGUGAGCCCGGAUUUUUCAGGAUGUCCACAGAUUUCCAAGACCUGCACCUGCACACAGAAGACAAAGGGUCUGGACCUCAACUGCGACGCCGCAUCCCUGACCGAUCUCAGCCAAUCGGUGAACUCAGUGGCCGGCACCCAACAGGUUGUGUGGUACCUCAAAUUUCGCAACAUCAACAUCGGCAACUUUAAGUACAACUUGAUGGGGGGUCUGAGGGUGAACCACUUCAUAGCUCUGAACUGCAGUAUUACUUCAAUUGACGACGAGGCGUUCGCGAACCUCGUCGAUGACCUGGAGACACUGGACUUGGGACAGAACCACCUGGAGAGAGUGCCGACGCCAGCCUUAGAGAACCUAGUGAAAUUAGCAUCGCUUAAUCUGAACUACAAUAAAAUUGAAAUACUUCACGCGGAAGCUUUUCGGGGCCUUAUUUCUUUGCUUAGACUCUCCCUCUUCGGAAACCGAAUCAAGUUCAUUGACAACUCGGCAUUCCUCGGAAUCGGUGGCAACCUGACCCAACUGAACUUCGGUGACAACAAACUAUCGUCUGUGCCUUCCAGUCCCUUAAGGAACCUCACAGUCCUCCAGAGGCUUCAAGUGCACGAGAAUCAGAUAUCACACAUUUUAGGGGAGGAGUUUCUGGGGAUGGGAGAAAACUUAGAUGUUCUAGAAUUUGCUAGCAAUCAAAUCGAACAGCUGCCAGCGAGAGCUUUUGCCAACUUAAAACUGCUGAAUUCUCUGGAUUUGGAAAGUAACAAAAUACAUCUCAUACAUUCGAAAGCUUUUGAAGGAAUUGAAAGUUCUUUAGAAUGGUUGAAAUUGGGAGGCAACCAGUUAGAUUCAGUUCCGUCAGAUUCUCUCCGUCGAUUGGAAAAACUACGACAACUCGAUUUGAGACAGAACAAAAUAUCGAAAAUAACGGAAGAGGAUUUCAAAUACUACGGAAAGACACUAAAAUUCAUUUACUUGCAAAAGAACAGACUCCAUUCCAUCGAAGUGAAUGCUUUCUCGAAUUUGGAUUCGUUGGUCUGGCUCUAUUUACAAUCCAAUCAACUGACGUUGGCUCCAUAUGAGACAUUCAGAGAAGUUUUAGACACACUCGAAAUCUUAGAUCUCCACGAAAAUCCUUUUCACUGUGACUGUCGUAUAUCUUGGUUCCGUGACCUGGUGCAAGAACAGAAAGUCGUGAGCAUGCCAAGGGAAACGCGUUGCAGUACACCACCAGCACUCAGAAGUAAAGCCGUUUCUUAUGUCACUUCAGAGAAUCUUGGCUGCAUUAAUGGCGGAUGGAACUAUGAGGCUUCUCUCUUCACAGUUUUCUUUCUAUUCUAUAUCGUGAUGAAUUCCUUUGAUGUUGUCUGACUGUUUAGUAUUUGUACCUAUCAAGUUAUGUCGCCAAAACAGUCACCCCUGCAUCUCUGCUUCUACAAAUCAUCAACAGUCGCGGAAUGAAGAAUUUUCAAUUUUGGUUUGCUUAAGGUUAUCAGGGGUCAUUUUAGGAUUCAUUCCAUAAAUGAUUUUAUCAUAAAAACAGACUCUUCACAAAACAUUUUACCCUAAUAUCGCAUCCUUCACAAAUAACAUUGUAAAAACGGCAUUUAAAACAUUAUUUUAUCGUAAAGACGGAACCUUCGCAAACUAUAUUACGGUAAAAUCCUAGAAUAACCCACCUUUUGGCGACUUUUUGAAAUCUCGCCAAGUUGCCGAUUAUUACUGGGAUCAACGUUGCUUUUUGAUCAUUAAAAAACAAUUAAAAUUAUUACAAAUUUAUUACAAUAUUUUUUUAUAGAAUAAAAAAUAACUUACCUUUACUCUGGUGGCUCAUCUUUUGACACUUUCAACCGGUACCGCACGAAAAAAAAAUUUAAAAAAUGAAAUAACGGUAAUAAAUAAUGAUAAUAAUAACGGUAAUAAAUGAAAUAGAGGUUAAAAAAUGAAAUAAUAACGUUGAAUUUAGCAGCAAGAGAACAGAAGCAUAAUUGGCGAAAAAAUAAACUCUUUUACUUAUUUUCUAACGUAUUCCAACUUUCGCGUAGGUAUACAUAUCAAAUAACCAAUUAGGUUUAAGAAUUUUGGUGGUGUGAUCGGACGAUUAAUAAUCUCCCGGAAAUAUCUUCCGGAAACCUAGUUCGGCGAGAUUUCAAAAACUUGCUUGGCGAUAUUUAAAAAAAUCGCCCCGAGGUGGGCUAUUCUAGGAUCCACCCCAAAUCCUUCAUAAUAUAUUUUACCUUUUUCAAAUUAUAUUAUUGUAGAAACAAACCUUUCACAAAUUAUAUUAUCGUAAAAACGAACUUUUCACAAAGUAUUUUACCAUAAAAACUAAUCUUACGCAAAUUUCUUGAUAGUGAAGAAAGAAUUAUCACAAAGUAUUUCACCGCAAAAACGGAUCGUUCGUAAAUUACAGUUAGAACGGACUCUUUCACAAGAUAAUUUACCGUAAAAACAGAUUUUUCUCUAAUUAUAGUGUCGUAAAAACAGACCUUUUACUAAAUGAAUUAUCGUAAAGACGGAAUCUUCUUUUACAAAAUUCUUUUGAAAAAAAGGAGUUGACUACGUCUUUAAAUUACAAUUUUAAAACUACAAUUCUUUAAAAGUUUUUGAGAUUUUUGUGUCCUCUCACGUAGAACAAGUAAUAUAUAUAUAAAAAAAAUUAAAAGUCAAUUCCUACUUAGGUAAACAAAGAAAAAUUUUUAUUUCAUUUUAGUUAUUUUUUAUCAAAUAAUUAAAAUUU